AUGGGGGACAGGUGUGACUGCGACGAGCACUCAGAGACGUGUCAGUUUGACCCAGCUGUGUUUGCUGCCUGCCAGGGUGCACAUGGAGGUGUGUGUAACAACUGCCGGGACCACACUGAGGGCAGGAACUGUGAGCGGUGUCAGCUGCACUACUUCCGGAACUGGCGUCUUGGUGUUCCCAUUCAGGAGACCUGUAUCCCCUGUGAGUGUGAUCCAGAUGGGGCCGUGCUUGGAGCUCCUUGUGAUCCAGUGACUGGGCAGCACAUGUGCAAGGAGCAGGAGCGCUGUGACCUAUGCAAGCCGGGCUUUACGGGGCUCACCCAUGCCAACCCAAAGGGCUGCCACCACUGUGAUUGCAGCAUCCUGGGGUCCAGGCAGAACAUGCCAUGUGAUGAGGAGAGUGGGUACUGCUUGUGUCUGCCCCACAUGGUGGGCCCCAAAUGUGACCAGUGUGCUCCCCACCACUGGGAGCUGGCCAGCAGCCGAGGCUGCGAGCCGUGUGCCUGCGACCCACAGAAUGCCCUCAGCCCAACCAGGUGUGAGUUCACAGGGCAGUGCCCCUGCCUGGAAGGGUUUCAUGGCCUGACAUGCAGUGCUGUGGCCAUCUGUCAGUGUCCAGACAGGACUUAUGGAGAUGCAGCUACUGGGUGCUGAGCCCUGACCAUCAUUCUCCCUCACCACCCUGACUGUGACUUCUGGGAAACACAAGGCACAGGCUGUGAUAAGGGCUUGGGUCACUGCCUCUGCCGCCCGGGCUUGACUGGACCUCACUGUGACAAGUGUCAGCGAGGCUUCUGCAACCGCUACCCAGCGUGCGUGGCCUGCCAUCCUUGCUUCCAGACCUAUGAUACUGCCCUCCAGGAGUAGGCCAAACAUCUCAGUAGUCUCUGCAAUGCCAGCACUGGCCUGUGUCCUGGGCCAGCCCUGGACGACCGCAGCCUGGCCUCCCAGAUCGUGGAUGCAAAGAGCAAGAUUGAGCAGAUCCAAGCAAUCCUUGGCAGCGCUGCAGUCCCGGAGCAGGAGGUGGCCCAGUUGUCCAAUGCCAUCUUCUCCAUUGGGUGUGGAAGGAUGGUCUUUGGAAGGAUGUCCGUGCCCGACCGAGGCCUGGAGGAGGAGAGUGUGAGGCUGUGGAGGGUGCUGGUGGUUGGUCAGGCUGCAGAAGGGAUUCAGAGGGAGAACAAAAGCUCAGGGGUCAUGGACCAGGGCGGGUGCAUGCUGACACCCGUUCCAGUGGGGAUGAGCAGUGGGCAGCAGCUCUGGGAGCUCAGUGGGGAGUGGGGGCUGCAGAAGGGAGACCUGGGAGCCUGUCUCCAGGGCCUGCAGCCCGAUCUGACCCUAGAGGAGAUCUUGUCCCUCCUGGAAGACCUGGCCAGUGUGGGUAGAAGCUUCAAUCAUGUCCGCGUUAUGUAUCAGAGCAAGAGGAAGCAGUUGGAAGAAAUCGGCUCAUGGUGGCCCAAUUCCCGUCCUCUUGCCGCAGGGGCCUUCCAGAUACUGACUGCGGCCUACCAGCGGUCACUGCAGGCAGCCCAGCAGGUCUCCAAUAGCUCCCGCCUGCUGCUCCAGCUCAGGGGCAGUCGGAGGGAGGCAGAGGGGCAGGCGACACAGGCCGGUGGAGGAGCAGGAGCUAUGGGCCCCCAGCUCGAGGCCCUGCAGCUGGAGAUGGCUUCCCUGCCUAAUCUGACCCCCACCGUCAACAAGCUCUGUGGGGGCUCCCAGCUGGCAGCCUGCACCCCAGAAGGGUGCCCUGGAGAGCUGUGUCCCCAAGAAAACAUCACAGCCUGUGGCUCCCACUGCAUAGGUGCCAGGGCAGGUGGGUCCUUCCAGGUUGCAGGGCAGGUGGCCAAGCAGCUGCAGGGCUUCAAUGUCCAGCUCCAGCAGACCAGGCAGAUGACCAGGGCUGCCGAGGAAGCCGCCCUGCAGGUGCAGUCUGAUGGUCAGCGCCUGGAGACCCAGGUGAGCAUCAGCCACUCUCAGAUGGAGGAAGACCUGAGACGCAUGAGGUACCUCAUCCAGCAGGUCCGGGACUUCCUCUCCAACCCUGACACAGACACAUCCACCAUCCAGGAGGUCAGCGAGGCUGUGCUGGCCCUGUGACUGCCCGCAGACUCUGCCACAGUCCUGAAGAUGAUGAGUGGGAUCCAGGCCAUUGCAGCCAGGCUCCCCAACGUGGGCCUGGUGCUGUCCCAGACCAAGCAGGACAUCACCCGGGCUUGCAGGCUCCAGGAUGAGGCUGAGAAGGCCAGGAGCCGACCCCAGGCAGUGGAGGGCCAGGGGGAGGUGGUGGGGAACCUGCAGCAGGGCACCGUGGCACUGCAGGAGGCCCAGGACACCCGCCGUUCCCUUCAGCUUAUGCAGGACAGGGUUGCCGAGGUUCAGCAGGUCCUGGGGCCAGCAGAAAGACUGGUGACCAGCAUGAAGGAGCAGCUAGGUGACUUCCAAGCUUAGACGGAGGUGCUCCAGAGCCAGGCAGGGCAGCAGCGAGUGCAAGCAGCCCAGGCCCAGCAGCUCACAGAGGGCGCCAGCCAGCAGGCACUGAGUUCCCAGGAGGGAUUUGAAAGAAUAAAAAAAUAUGCAGAAUUGAAGGACCAGUUGGGGCAGAGCCCCAUGCUGGGUGAGCAGGGCAGCCGGAUCCUGAGUAUCAAGACGGAGGCAGAGGAACUGUUUGGGGAGACCACAGAGAUGAUGGACAGGAUGAAAGAUGUGGAGUUGGAGCUGUGUCAGGGGAGCCAGGCACUUCGCUCAGCAGACCUGUUGGGGCUGGAGAAAUAUGUGGAGAAGGUUUGCAACCACAUCAACAGGCAUGUGCUCUACUAUGCCACCUGCAAGUGA